ACUAAAACCCCUCUCUGAGUCUUUGCCCUCUCUCUCUCUCUCUCUCUCUCUGGUCUUUCUCUGUCAGCGGAGAAUCCGAAUCGAGACUAAUGGGUCGUUGGAUCUUGGGUCGGGGCGCGGCCAUUGCUUUCUGCUUGCUUCUCCUGUUCUCGUCCGGGCAGUCCUUCUACCUCCCCGGGGUUGCCCCUCGCGAUUUUACAAGAGGGGAUGAGCUUCAAGUCAAAGUCAACAAGCUAUCAUCUACUAAGACACAACUUCCGUAUGACUACUAUUUCUUGAAAUACUGCAAGCCACAUAAAAUCCAGAAUGUUGCAGAAAACCUCGGAGAGGUUCUUCGGGGGGACCGCAUUGAGAAUUCAGUUUAUACUUUUCGCAUGAGGGAGGAACAGUCUUGCACAGUGGCUUGUAAAGUGAGUCUUGAUGCUCAAGCUGCAAAGGAUUUUAAGGAAAAAAUUGAUGAUGAGUACAGAGUCAAUAUGAUUCUAGAUAACCUUCCAGUAGCUGUACUUAGGCAAAGGAGAGAUGGAAGUCCAUCAACCACUUAUGAGCACGGUUUUCGUGUUGGAUUCAAGGGGAAUUAUGCUGGGAGCAAAGAGGAGAAGUAUUUCAUUCAUAACCACUUAAGCUUCAGGGUUAUGUAUCAUAGAGAUCCUGAAACGGACUCUGCUCGAAUUGUUGGGUUUGAAGUUACUCCUGGCAGCAUUAACCAUGAGUACAAGGCAUGGGAUGAGAAGAACCAAAACGUGCCAACAUGCAACCAGAACACGAAAAAUUUGGUCCAAGGGAGUACUGUUCCACAAGAGGUGGACGAGGGCAAAGAGGUUAUCUUUACUUAUGAUGUUACUUUCAAGGAAAGUGAUAUUAAGUGGGCGUCAAGGUGGGACACCUACCUCCUCAUGAAUGAUGAUCAAAUUCACUGGUUCUCAAUCAUCAACUCUUUGAUGAUUGUUCUCUUCCUUUCUGGUAUGGUUGCCAUGAUAAUGAUGAGAACUCUGUACAGAGAUAUUGCAAACUAUAAUCAAUUGGAAACACAAGAUGAAGCUCAAGAAGAAACAGGAUGGAAACUUGUCCAUGGAGAUGUUUUUAGGCCGCCUUUAAACUCUGGAUUGUUGUGUGUUUACGUGGGAACUGGCGUUCAGAUUUUUGGGAUGACACUUGUGACAAUGAUUUUCGCAUUGCUAGGCUUCCUCUCUCCUUCCAACCGUGGUGGACUUAUGACAGCCAUGGUACUGUUAUGGGUUUUUAUGGGUUUGUUUGCUGGCUACUCAUCUGCUCGUCUGUACAAAAUGUUCAAGGGCACUGAGUGGAAGAGGAUUACCUUAAAAACGGCCUUCAUGUUUCCUGGGAUUCUAUUUGCAGUCUUCUUUGUGCUGAAUGCUCUCAUUUGGGGAGAAAAAUCAUCUGGAGCUAUACCCUUUGGAACAAUGUUUGCUCUUGUGUGUUUAUGGUUUGGAAUAUCAGUACCAUUAGUAUUUGUGGGUAGUUAUUUGGGUUUCAAAAAGCCUGCCAUUGAAGACCCUGUGAAGACCAAUAAGAUUCCUAGACAGGUACCUGAGCAGGCCUGGUACAUGAAACCCAUAUUCUCUAUACUAAUUGGAGGUAUUCUUCCAUUUGGGGCCGUCUUCAUUGAGUUGUUCUUCAUCUUGACUUCCAUCUGGCUGAACCAGUUCUAUUACAUCUUUGGCUUCCUCUUCAUAGUUUUUGUGAUCUUGAUAAUCACAUGUGCGGAGAUAACAAUAGUUCUCUGCUAUUUCCAGCUGUGCAGUGAAGACUAUCAUUGGUGGUGGAGAGCUUAUCUGACAGCCGGCUCCUCUGCUUUAUACCUUUUCCUGUACUCAGCUUUCUACUUCUUCACUAAGUUGGAAAUUACUAAGCUGGUUUCAGGCAUUUUGUACUUUGGGUAUAUGCUCAUUGCAUCAUAUGCUUUCUUUGUGGUGACGGGAACAAUUGGCUUCUAUGCUUGCUUCUGGUUUGUCCGCAAGAUAUAUUCCUCCGUAAAGAUCGACUGAUGCACAAAUUACAUUUAUGGGAUUCAACAAUUUCGUAGAAAUGUCCUUCAGGUGGAUGCAUCAUAGAAGUGAGGUACUGUACCUCCAGUUUGCAGGACCAGAGCUAUAAACUCUGUAAAAUUUUCACUGCCUGCUAAACUUCAUGUUCCUGUUACCAGUGUAGGUUUUGCUUGUAUUUUAACCUUUUUGCUUAUGCUCAUACCAUGUUGAAGAGUUUCUGAUAGAAGUAACGGAUCAUAACUGUCUUGAUACUUUAUGAUCGGUGCCAUUACAAUUGUAGCUUAAUAUAUUCUACUGGUCUUCCUUUGAUUUUA